GGCCGCCGCUUCCUCCCUUCCGCUUGCCUGGGCCGGGAGGUGAGGGCGGAAGGGCUGGGGAGCCGCAGGAGAGCAGCUGGGCGCCCGGGACCCUCCAGCGCGCCAGCAUGGACUGCUACACCGCCAAUUGGGACCCCCUGGGGGAAUCCGCCUACUAUCGGAAACUGGAACUUUACAGCAUGGACUGGAAUCUGAAGGAAGACCUGCGGGACUGUUUGGUUGCUGCUGCUCCGUACGGGGGCCCCAUCGCACUGAUGAAAAACAAGAAAGAGAAAUCUCCCAGUUCCCGGCCUCUUCUAGAAAUCUACUCUGCCUCGGGAAUCCAGUUGGCCAGCGUUGUGUGGAAGGAUUCUCCAGCGAUGUACCUGGGAUGGACCACCAACGAGGACCUGCUCAGCGUCCAGGAGAACGGCAUCGUUCUUCUCCACAGCCUUUUUGGCGAAUUCAAGAAGAAGGUCACCAUGAACAACCAAGUGGUGCAGGAACGCGUGCUGGAGGCCAGGGUGUUUUACACAGCCUAUGGCACCGGCCUGGCCCUCUUGUCCAUCCUUCAACACCGGUUCAGCCUGGCCAACAACAUCUACGACGUGAAGCUCCGCAGGCUUCCCGAAGUGCCAGGUCUUCAGACUGCCCCCUCCUGCUGGACGGUCCUGUGCCAAAAUAGAGUCACCAACGUUCUCCUUGCUGUCGGGCAAGAGCUGUAUCUGCUGGAUGAUGCAGCCUGCACCCCGGUGACCCUGCCAGGGCUCAGUCAGCACGCGGGCUCCUUCCUCAGGAUGGCGGUGUCAUUCAACUACCGGUUUUUGGCCCUCUUCACCGACACUGGCUACGUCUGGAUGGGCAGAUCAAACUUAAAGGAAAAAAUGGCUGAAUUCACUUGCGACUUCCGAGCUCCUCCGAAGCAGAUGGUGUGGUGUGCCCGACAGCAGAGCCGGCAGCGGGCGGUGGUGAUGGCUUGGGAUCGAUGCCUUGUGGUAGCUGGAAGUGAUCAGCAGAGCAUUCAAUACCCUCUCAGUGAGGAUUCGUACCUUGUCCCAGAGCUGGACGGGGUGCGCAUUUUCUCCCGCUCCACCCACGAGUUCCUCCAUGAGAUCCCAGAGGCCAGCGAGGAGAUCUUCAAAAUUGCCUCCAUGUCGCCAGGGGCAUUGCUGCUCGAAGCUCAGAAGGAAUAUGAGAAAGAGAGCCAGAAGGCUGAUGAAUACCUGCGGGAGAUCAAGGAGCAGAAACUGCUUCCAGAGGCGGUAGAGCAGUGUAUUAAAGCAGCCAGCUACGAACAUGCCCCAAAUAUCCAGAAAGCUCUGCUCCAGGCAGCCUCCUUUGGGAAAUGCUUCAUUGACAAAUUUCCACCUGAAAACUUUGUUCAAACAUGCCGAGAUCUGCGGGUGCUUAACGCCGUCCGAGAUUACCAAAUUGGGAUCCCCCUCAGCUUCGAUCAGUACAAACAGCUGACCAAGGAAGUUUUGCUGGAUAGGGUGGUCCUGAGAAGACUUUAUCCAAUCGCCAUCAAGAUCUGUGAGUACGUCCGUCUCUCUGAGUUCCAGGGAAUAAGCCGGAUCCUGGCCCACUGGGCCUGUUAUAAGGUACAACAGAGAGACAAAUCAGAUGAAGAGCUGGCCCAGGUCAUCAACCAGAAACUGGGCGACACUGUGGGCAUUUCGUACUCAGAGAUCGCCAGCCAGGCUUACGACAGCAACCGGCCAGAGUUGGCUAUUAAGCUGCUGGAGUAUGAGCCCCGGCCGGGGAAGCAGGUCCCCCUCUUGCUCAAGAUGAAAAGGAACCACCUGGCGCUGAGCAGAGCCAUCGAGAGCGGAGACAGCGACCUGGUUUACACGGUCAUCUCGUGUCUCAAGGAAGAACUCGGCCGGGGGGAUUUCUUCAUGGCCCUGCAGAAUCAACCUGUUGCUCUGAGCCUCUAUCGUCAGUUCUGCAAACAUAAGGAACCGAACACCCUCAAAGAGCUUUACAACCAAGACGACAACCACCAGGAACUUGGGAACUUCCACGUCCGCAGCAGCUACGUCAGCGAGAAGUGGAUUGAGGGGCGUGUGGCCAGCCUGCAGAACGCGGUUGAUGAGUACUACAAAGCCAAGAAUGAGUUUGCAGCCAAGGCCACCGAAGACCAGAUAAAGCUGCUGCGCCAGCAGCGUCGAUUUCAGGACGACUUCGACAAGCCCUACGUGGACCUUUCCCUCCAUGACACCGUCUACAACCUUAUCCUGGAUGGGAAGCAGAAGCAGGCUGAGCAGCUCUACCGUGACUUCAGGAUCCCCGAUAAACGGUUCUGGUGGCUGAAGAUCAGCGCCUUGGCAGAGCAGGGGGCCUGGGAAGACCUAGAGAAGUUCUCCAAGUCCAAAAAGUCACCUGUCAGCUACUUGCCCUUCGCAGAGAUCAGCAUGAAGUAUUGCAAUCAGAGCGAGGCCAAGAAAUAUGCUGCCCGGGUGACCCCUGAGCAGAAAGUGAAAGCUUUCCUUCUGGUGGGGGACUUCAACCAGGCUGCCGAAGCCGCCAUUGAACGAAAGAACGAGGGGGAGAUGAACCUGGUCCUUUCCAAGUGCACCGAUGCCAUCAUCGCGGCCAAGCUCGACCAGGCGAAGGCUCAGCUCGGAAAGAAAUGAACACUUCUCUUCUCCAGCCCGCAGCUUCAUUCUGGCCAGUGCUGAGUGGCAAAAACGGACCCCGCUGGAGCCCUCAGCUCUGGCCCAGCAGCAGCUUUGCAGACUCCAGGGGUUUUGGACAGCAACCCCCAUCCUCCCCAGCCAGCAAGUUGGGGAAGGGAGGCCUCCCCAAGAAACAGGAGGGGGCUGGGGUCCUGCUGGGCUCAGGGAAGAUUUGACCGUUGAGAUGGGAUGCCCUGAAUGUGGCUGCGUUUGGGGUGAAUGAGAAGAAAUGCCCCAUCCCCUUCGCCCUUCUCUCUCAGCAACCCCAGAACUUUUCCCAUUGUCUAACUUCUUUGGCUCUUCUGCUUUGCCAGUUGCUCUCCCAUUCUCCCUUAGCACAGGUCAGUAUGGCUCCCCCAUCUUCCAGGGAAUCACUUCUUGGUGCCCUGUCCUUUUAGGACAGCAGAGCAACUGGGUCUGGGGAACUGGUGGCCUGUGUUGCCCAACUGGGAGGCACUUGGCAUCUUGGAUCACAGCCCAGAAAUUCAGUUGAUUUGGGUUUGUUUGUUUAAUUCCUCUGUAUGAAUUUGCAAUGCAGAUGGAAGGAAACAUAAUUUAAAAAAAGACGUCCAUUUUCUUGGUAUUUAGGGCCUUUUUCUAUCUCGCUCUCUCCCAAAACCUUUUAUUUGGGAUAAAGUCCAAUCAGGGUAAUUUCACGGAUUGAAAACUGGCCAUUUGCCUUACCCCUGCAUCAAAUAAGUGAGCCCAAAGGUUUGACAUUGGAGAGAUUCUUGGUUAUUGUCCUCCCCACACCCCAAAUUUCCAAAUGGUCCUCACAAUGCUUUGAGUAAAAGGCAGCUAUAAAAGUUUCCUUUUAAAUGAGCAGAUGUUGUGUUGA